AUGAAGCGCGGGGGCUAUCGCCAAAUCAACAAAGCACUCAACAUUUGUGCAUUUGAUCAAUACCUUGAUACUCAGCAAGACACGCUUCCUAAAUUAGAAGAUGUUGAGCAAAUCAGCCCUCGGGUGCUCCGCGUGCUAGGCCAAAAUGCUGGCAAGUUUACCUUGCAAGGCACAAACACAUAUAUUGUCGGCACGGGUCGGUCAAGGCUGAUCAUCGAUAGUGGGCAAGGUAUACCUGAAUGGGCCGAUCUCAUCGCUGCCACACUCCAGGAUAUGUCUAUCACUCUCUCUCACGUGCUACUCACACAUUGGCAUGGUGAUCACACUGGUGGUGUUCCGGAUUUGAUCCGCCUCUAUCCUCAUCUUUCGCGAACGAUUUACAAGCACAGCCCGGGUCGAGACCAGCAAGCCAUCUCGGAUGGCCAGGUGUUUGAAGUUGAGGGUGCCACCAUCCGCGCAGUUCACACCCCGGGCCAUUCGCAUGACCACAUGUGUUUUAUUUUGGAGGAAGAGAAUGCCAUGUUCACGGGGGAUAACGUGCUCGGUCAUGGAACCAGUGCGGUCGAGCUUCUUGGUACCUGGAUGACAUCACUCCGGGUAAUGGGAUCGCAUGGUCGUGAAAUCGGGUACCCUGCUCAUGGCGAUGUUAUCCGAGAUCUUCCAGCAAAGAUCAAUGGCGAGCUUGAUCAGAAAGCAAAGCGUGAGGCGCGCGUGGUGCAAACGCUGACCCGGAUCAAGAGGCAAGAGCAAGGGAAUCAGGGGCGGGGCAAGGGCAGCUUGACAGUGCCUCAGUUAGUGUCCGCGAUGUAUGGAAAUGACUUGGACGAGCAAGUGCGUAAAAUGGCCCUGGAGCCCUUCACUGGUGAGGUCUUGGCCAAAUUGGCUGAAGAUGGGCGAGUUGCUUUUGAGGUUCGGAGAGGCGAGAAGAGGUGGUUUACCGUGGAAGGGAUCUCUUAG